AUGAAACCGGCGGCUGACAAUGGUAAUCUCUUAACGUUUGUCUCACCAAGAGCGGCAGCUACGGAAGAUGUUCCCUCAAAAGGUUUUCCUGCACUUGGCAACUAUACGGGAUCCUGCGUCCUGUCCCACGCGCGACCACAGCACAAGUGUCGCUCGACGGUCCUUCCGGCAGCACGCAGGCAGCAGGGGGUCACGCGAUCGGCGGAUAGUGCGCCGAUUGGCCCUUGCCCUGCGAGCGCGACGCCCGCGAAUCGCGGUGUCGCACGUGAUCAGCUGGCUCGCAGCCGGUGCAAGAAGGGCGUGUCUUCGCGUCGCGGCACGCUGUAUACGUGGUCGCGGUGCCCCGAGAUUGACAUCUGCCUAAGAAACAGCGUGAUUAUUGAAGGCGGCUGUGAUCUGCCGCUAUCUGAGUUAGCCGAAACAUAUGUUUCGAUCGCGUUUGAUGAUAUCGGUACAAAACUGACGGCAACGACAAUGAUGUCGACACCGAUGACAACGACGGCGAUGACGCCGACAACUACGGCGAUUACGCCGACGACGUCCACGACGGUGAUCACGGCGGUGACGCCGACGGCGACCACGGCGGUGACGCCGACGGCGACUACGGCGAUGACGCCGAUGACGACGAUGAUGCCAUCAACGACGACGACGGUGAUGACACCGACAACUACGGCAAUUACGCCGACGACGUCCACGACGGCGACCACGGCGGUGACGCCGACGGCGACCACGACGGUGACGCCGACGGCGACUACGGCGAUAACACCGACGACGACGACGGCAGCAACGACAGUGCAGGCAGGCGAAGAUAUUGUGAUAAAUGUUCCUGGUUUCCUUGAUCAAUUGUGGAUCACCAACGCGAUGACGCAAUCCUCGCAAUUAAAUCUGGUAGUCAACCGAAACUGGAUCGGUGCUACAGUUAUCCAGCACGGACGGUCAAUCGUCGCUCAACAGGAGAGUCUAUCAUCCAACAAUGGUAUCCCAGGCAAUUCCAAGACGGACGGUCGAUCGCCACUCAACAGGAGUCUGUCAUCCAGCAAUGGUAUCCCAGCCAAUAUGUGUCGACAGGAUUACAAACAAAUGCAAAAAGAUGAUGUCGGCUAA